AUGCACUCUCCCAUGAAAAAAAAAACCUCUCUGGCAAUAUACACCAAACUGAGCAUGUGCAGAGUUAUUCCACACGAUAUGUCUUAUCAGGAGAUAAGCGAGGGGCGCUGGAAGAAGGGGAGGAUCAUAGAAGUCAGGAUCAAACAGCCUUUUUACAAAAUGCAUAAAAUUAACCCCUUAGGUUUCACAGUGAGCAUAACAAGCAUGCUUUACUGCCAGGGGCGGACUGACAACUCAUGGGGCCCCGGGCAAUAGGGGAUCAUGGGGCCCCUGUGCCCUUGCCCAAACUCAAAAAAGCCUAU